UAGUAAGCCAACAUAUAAGUCGACCCGCCUUUGACCAGUCCUUGAGUCUCUCUGCCCCCCUCCCAAAUUUACACUUCAAGCCUCGUUUUUAAUAAUACGCUCAACCUCCAACAUGAAAUUCUCCACUGUUGCAUUCAUGAUCGCUGCAUUCUCAGCUACAAGUUCCUGGGCCGCUCCAGCCGAGACAUCCACCUCUGAAAAUACAGUAGCAAACAUGCCAGAGGGUAUCUCUGGCGCGCUUGUAGGAGCAGAUGGCACUUUCUUGGCGGAAUCCUCAAAAGACUGUGGCGCUGGAUCCUGUAUUUUUCAUGAUAGUGAACUUUGCAAUGACCGCUGCAAACACUGUGGUUAUAAGCGGGGUGCCUGCUGUGGUCCCUUUUCGCUAACUUGCUGCUGCUACUACAGCUAAAGCGCCAAAGAGUCUGUCCACUCGCAAUAAAUGACAGAAGCGCAGGAAGUUGGAUAAAUUUGUUAAAAACUUUUUGAAGAAAGAUAUGGAUGCCUGGAGUUUGACCGAGCGUCUUGUUGACUUUCUCAAAUUGCGAGGGCCCGUCGAGUGCCAUGUUUUGCCGUGACGAGCAAGGAAGGAGGAUGUGGUGUUGUGAGGAUCGGAGAUGGCUCAGGUAGAUGGGUGUUCGUGCUAAUGACAUGUGGCUCUGCGUUUGGAAUUACAUAUUAGCAGAAGUGAGCGGAAUUAAAAUUUAUACGC